CAAUAUGCUACGAGUCAGAUACACCAGAUACUUUCUUAGACCCAUAGUUGCCACAGCUGAUCAAAGUGAAGUUCAGGUGCCACCAGGAAGUAGCGUACCAACGGAAGUUAGCCAAUUUUUGAGAAGUAUGUUCCUCAGUGGUGAAGUUCAAGCUGCUACACCUGCAGGUGCAACUGUGAAUAACGUCGUUGACAACGCAGGGAUAUUAGGUGUAUCUUCUGGACCAUCAAUUAUAGAACCAAGAAGUGCUCAUGAAUCAGCUGGUGAACCUGCUAAUGAAGAUGUUGGGACCUCUCAUCGACAAACAGCUGAUUUUGCUGAAAGCCCAUCACAUGCAAAACGACAAAGGAUGGAGUGAUGCCUUUGUUGUGGGAGCCUAUUUUGUUGUAGUACAUCAUGUGUUUGGGGUAUGAUCAGCUGGCGACAAG